GAUUUCCGAGGCGCCAUGAACCCAGCGCGCUCCACCGUAUCUCUGACGUCAGUUUCGACACGUGAACUUCCUUUAGGCUUCACUUUGUGUCAACAAAGCGGCGCGCGCCGCGUUCCUGCUUCGGUACCGGUACAGACAUUCCCUCUCCGGUUCUUCUCUGAUUCUAAACCCGGACAUAAGAUGACUUUUCGCGGCUUCCUCUCUGCGGCGCUCGUGUCCGUCUGCUGGGUUUUUGUUUCUGCGACGCAAACUCCGCUCAACAGCUCCGCGCCUCUCGAUGCCGCCGCGUCGACGUCCAGCACGGGGAACUCCACGCGCGGUGCCAGGCCCUCCGGAAAAAUCUUUAAAGACCUCGGCGUGGACAGCUCCAUGAUCCAGAGGGCCCUGUACGUCCUCAUCGGCUUCACCAUGAUCGGGGUGCUGUACUUCCUGAUCAGGGCUGUGCGGUUGAAAAAGCCUGCCCAGAAGAAGAAGUACGGUCUGCUGUCCAACUACGACGACUCCGUGGAGAUGGAGGCGGUGGAGAGCGAGGAGGACGACACGCUCUAUGAAGCUCGCAGCCUGAGAAGAUGAGCCUCGCUGUGCGUCCUGACGGGUCGAAGCGGCGUCGAUUAAGGACCAGCGGCUUGCCGAAAAAAGAACAACCAAACACCCCCCCCAACUCUAAAGAGGAAAGCCCAACUGAGGAGGAGCUGCUGCAGCAUCAUGGGAGUUCUUUUUAAAAUGCAGCAGAUGACACAUCCUGUGCCAAAUCCUUUUCUUUUCUUUUGUAUUGUCGUUCAUGGCAUUUAUAAGUGUUGUUUUGUGUUCCCACUGUGCUUUGAGCUACUGUAAAGUGACUGCAGAGCAGCUGCUGUCCAUCAGAAACACUGACCAACUCUGAGCAGUGUUUGGAAACCUGUGAGGUUUAGAUUCCUAUUUGUUCCUGCUGGUUUUUGUUUAGGUUUUUCUUUUUUUACGUUUCAUAGAUGAUUGUGAAGAAUAAUUUGACUGAUGGUAUGAAAUAAUGAUGAUGAUGGAGGUCUGAUGCUGCCCCCACAGACCAAUGAAAAUGACACCUGGUUUUCAAUAAAUUCUAAAUAUGUUUAUUGA